AUGCUGCAAAGAUAUCGAACAAUCAGACGUCAACAAAGAAAUGGUGAGGCUGCCUUGUUGCAGCGUGAAGUUAGAACAUUGAGAGCACAGGUAGUUGAGUUGAGAGGAAAUGCAGUUUUUAUGGCGAGAGAAGUAGUUCGGUUGAUGAGAGAAGUAAAUGAUAGAGAUUUGCAAAUUUUGGAGAUUAAUCAGGAGAAUCAACAGAGGAAUAAAGAUUAUAUAUUGUUGGUAAGAGAUAGGAAUGAUUUAAGGGCUGAG